AAAGAUGCCAGGAUUCAUCGCUGGUUCGUGACCGUAGUUAACACUCGACUUUUAGUCACCGGGGUGGUGCAGGUAUUAAGUGCCCUGGCCUGCAUAUUGACCACAGUUAUCCAUGCAUGCGUGGGUUACAACUGCUCUGUCAACAUGAUAACGCCAGUCUGGUCUAGCCUAUUCUAUCUGGCCACCGGAUGUCUGACUAGCCACAUUCGGAGGAAACCCAAUAAACUGACAGUCACUGCACUGAUGGGACUGAACCUGUUCAGUUUGUUGCUUGGAUUCUGCACACUGCUGGCCUACAGCCUCAGCUCUGCAGAGCCUGCGCCACUCAGCACAAGUCAGCAGCGAGUCGGGUCGUUCGUUGCUAAAGGAAGCUCCAUAGCGUUCACACUGCAGUGUCUCCUGGCGUCCGUCUACACACUGUUCCUGUCCUGGACAGGCUUACGCCGCUACAGCGCCCCCCAUAUACAGACCUACAGCCACCUCUCACAAGACCCAGACGACAACGUGGAGCCCUUAUUGGAUGAAGGAGAAUUCAGUAUUUGA